AAGAUAUCUUCCUUAAUGGCGGCUUCGUCGCCUCAUUCAAAGUAUUAUCACUCUUAUUAUUUAAUGAUAAUUUCUCAUCGUAUAGUAUCAUAUAUGCAAGAUGGCGGAACAAAGCCAACAAGAUUUUAAUAGAAGUGCGUUGACAGUUCGAUAUGGACGGGUUUGGUAUACAGGACAACGGGCAGAAAAGAUUCCUGGAGGAUUAGUGGGUGUCGUUGGUGAUAAUUGUACAAGUUUAGAUUUGUCUUAUAAUGAACUAACCUCCAUCAUUGCUGUCAAAUACUUCGAAAACCUACAGGAACUGAUACUCGAUAAUAAUAAACUUCGGGAUUUAAAGACAUUACCUCAUAUACAAAAUUUGACCACUCUCAGUUUAAACAAUAACAAGAUAACAGAUAUAGACAACGCAUUGAGGAGAAUACAAGAAUGUUGUCCAAAAAUAAUGUACGUGAGUUUACUGGGUAAUCCAGGAUGUCCCGAUCAGUUAACGAAUCCAACCUCAACCGAUGACGAGGAUUAUAAUCGUUAUAGACUCUAUGCUAUAUAUACGUUACCUUCGACACUUCGAUUUUUGGAUUCACGUCCAGUGACGAUGCAGGAACGAAAAGAUGCCGAAAGACGAGGAAAAUAUUCGAGGACUAUUAAAAUGGUUCCAGAUUUAUCACAGAAAUUCGUUUCAAAUACAAUUGAAGAUUUCGAUGAUAUAUUCUUCAAUAUUCAUUAUACUCCUUUACCAAGAUCAAUCCGCAAUCCCCUUGAUCACAAAGGAGCAUUUGGAAAAUGUAAAUAUCGAUAUUCUGGAAAGAAUUCAGAAGGAAAUCGGUUCAUUUCUAAUAAUGAUCUUUGAAUGUAAAUUGAGAAUCGGUCAUAUUUAAUUGCUUAAACACACCAUUCCAUCGAUAUCUGACAACUCAACGCGAGAAAUCGUUUCGAGUAUUGUACACACUGGAAGCAUCUUUCUCUCUCCAAGAAAGGAAAGUGUCCACAAUGCAAGCCACGUUCCAAACGCUGGAACCUUUUGUCCUUGGAUUAUAUAUAUAAAGUAAAAUUUACUUCGUAAAAUAUAUAAUAUGUAUAUUUAUGUAUAUAUAUAUCGUUUUAUGUUCUUUUUUUUUUUUUCUCCAUUCUCUGGAAGGAUUUUAAUAUCUUAUUGCUGCGAUCGACGAAUGUUUCCCCAAAAAAUAUGUGUGUACGUUUGGAACGAGGCCAUUUUCUAUUAAAAUUAUAAUAAUACGAUUGGCCACGAAGAAUUUUCAUGCACAAUGUUCAAUCUCGCCUUACGAUUGGACGGAUGUCCGUUUUAAAAAUUUUCUCUCUUUAAUCGUUUAAUAAAAAUUGUAUAAUCAACGAGAAGAAUCAAACGUCUUUUUUCAUUAUAUUGCACGAAUUUUGCGUGUCCGUGUCGAUGUUCCAUUGAUCAUCUGGCUAGGACUUUCUGUAAUAAUAUAUAAUAUAUAUAUAUAUAUACGAUGAUGAAAGAAAAGGAGGAAAUUAA